CCCCCUGACUUGUCCUGUCUGUCUUUUUCCCAGUCUUCCCUUCACUCCCCUUCUUUUAUUAUAUCACCUUUUGUUUUCGCAACUGUUUCUAUAUCCGGUAACAUACGCGUGUUGCAUUGGUAGUUGUUGUCAUUGCCAACUCAUCGCGUAUUACCUUCUCUCCCCAUCCCUGAUCUUCCUUAUUAGCCAGAAGUUCCUUAGUUUGGACAUCUUUGGUUCUUACCGAGGGAAAUCUCACUUGGUUUGACUUGUAUUGAGUCCUUUUACGACGACUUCCGCUCCCAAGAAAGGGACAAGAAAUUGUCUUGGCAAUGUCGGAACCCCAAGACACCACUUCCCCUUCAACUGCGGCUGCUCCUAUUGCCGCGUCGACUACACAGGAGCAACCCCAAACCCAGUCGCCGCCUCAAGUCUCUGCUACCACGACAUCCUCGGUGACGGCAACCGCAGCCGCAGCGACCGCAGCUGUAGCAUCUCCCCCUGUUAAUGGUGCUGCGCGCCCGGCCGAAGAGUUGUCUUGUCUUUGGCAAGGAUGUGCUGAGAAGUGUCCUACCCCAGAAUCCCUCUAUGAGCAUGUCUGCGAACGUCAUGUAGGUCGCAAGAGUACAAAUAACCUCAACUUGACCUGCCAAUGGGGCAGUUGCCGAACUACCACUGUCAAGCGCGACCAUAUCACCUCUCAUAUCCGAGUACAUGUGCCCUUAAAACCCCACAAGUGCGACUUCUGUGGAAAGGCCUUCAAGCGCCCUCAGGACUUGAAGAAACAUGUCAAGACACAUGCAGAUGAUUCGGUUCUGGUUCGGUCACCUGAACCGGGUUCCCGGAACCCAGAUAUAAUGUUUGGAGGUAACCCAGCAAAAGGUUAUGCUACAGCUACGCAUUACUUCGAACCCGCCUUGAACCCUGUCCCCAGCCAGGGUUAUGCUCACGGAGCUCCUCAAUACUAUCAAUCUCAUCAUCCACCUCAACCAGCGAACCCGUCUUACGGUAACGUCUACUAUGCGCUAAACCAUGGACAUGAGGCCGGCCACGCAUCAUACGAGUCGAAAAAGCGUGGAUAUGAUGCGCUGAACGAGUUCUUCGGUGACCUUAAGCGCCGCCAGUUUGAUCCAAACUCCUACGCCGCGGUUGGGCAACGCCUACUUGGUUUACAAAGCCUGUCUCUCCCCAUUCUCAGCGGCGGCCCACUCCCUGAAUAUCAACCCAUGCCUGCGCCUGUGGCCGUAGGUGGCGGAGGCUACAGCCCUGGUGGCCAUCCUCCCGCUCCCGCGUACCAUCUCCCCCCCAUGAGUAACGUCCGUACCAAGAACGACCUGAUCAACAUCGAUCAGUUCUUGCAACAAAUGCAGGACACUAUCUAUGAGAAUGACGAUAAUGUGGCAGCUGCCGGUGUUGCUCAACCGGGUGCCCAUUACGUUCAUGGCGGCAUGAGUUAUCGCACCACCCACUCGCCACCCAGUCAGCUGCCUCCAAGCCAUGCUACGGCCACCACUUCCGCAGGCCCCAUUUUGGCCAAUCCUGCGGCCCAUUCGCCUACUGGAACACCCGCACUCACACCACCCUCAAGUGCACAAUCGUAUACUUCUGGUCGGUCACCCGUUUCCUUGCACUCAACAAGCCGGGUAUCUCCUCCUCAUCAUGAAGGUGGCUCAAGCAUGUACCCUCGCCUGCCGUCAGCUACUAUGCCUGACAGCAUGACUGCUGGCUACCCGACCACAUCAAGCGCAGCUCCUCCAUCCACCCUUGGUGGUAUCUUUGACCAUGAUGAUCGUCGCCGGUAUACUGGUGGCACCUUGCAACGCGCAAGACCAGAGGAGCGCCAUCUACCUGAGCCGAUGGAUCUGUCUCAUGAUAACAAGGACGACGGAGAGCGGACACCACCUGCCAAGCCGCGUCAAGCACCCUCAUCACCCGGUCGCAUCUCCGCUAGCUUGAUUGACCCUGCUCUUUCGGGUUCGGCAAACGAAGCAGAGACAAUGCGGACGGCCCAAGCCGCGACUGAGGUCGCUGAGCGAUCAGAUGUGCAGUGGGUUGAAAAAGUCCGCCUUAUCGAGUACCUGCGCAAUUACAUUGCAUCUCGUCUCGAGCGGGGUGAAUAUGACGGCGAUUCAGGCAUGACUCGUGAGUCGCGCACACCAGAGGCUGGACCUGAUGGCCACAUGGAAGGUGUGGAGAGUGAGCCCGUUUCUCAUCAUGCCAAGUCUGAGUCUCCGGUGAAACCUGAGGCGGGAGGUGAUACGGUGAUGUACCCGACACUACGGGGACUCGAUGAGGAUGGAGAUUCUAAGAUGCCUAAUUAAGCGAUAUCCUUCAAUUUGCUCUGUUUGCAUUCCCCUGAUCUGUUACUCUACUCUUGCGUAUCCUUUUCUUUACGGCUCGUUACGAAACCGUUGUGGGAGUUUGUCUUAUCUUUCUUUGCUCUGAAUUGUGGAUCGUGAACUAUCGAAUACCUACUAUUUUUGUAACCGCCGGUCGUGUAUUUGUUUUUGUAAGAACGUUUUGUUCGAACAUUUCUGUUCUUGUAUAGUGGGGAGUUUCGAAUGCAAAGGAUAGGAAUUGGGUACAAUUUAUUUUUCAUUUUAUUUUUACUUUUUUCCUAACUUAUAAUAAUUUCCUCCAAAGACUCGGGCAUUAUUUCUUAAAGUUUGGUAGAGCUGCUAGGAAGAGAUGAAGAAUGAGGGUGACUUAGACUAUGAUUGGUCAGGCUGCGCAGGAUGCCUUUGGUUCCAGCCCGAUGCAUGAAAUAAACAGGGAAAAGUAAAUCCAACCGUUUGCAAGCAAACCAUGUUUAUUUGGUGACAACAGACUACAUUUGGUUAUAUUGUCCUUUGUUUUGAGAUAGAUGUAUAGGGAAUGGAAGGUAAU